UUAAAGAGAUUUUAAUUACCGCUCCUUUAGUCGGGAACCGAAUGUUCACAAGUGUAGUCUCGUUCGUUCAUAGUACUCCUUGUUGACAGCUUCGGGGAAAAUGGAUUCUUCUUUAAGCGUGCAACGCAUGUUGUACAACAUGAAAAGUUGGAAAGUUCAAAGUCUGUGCAAGGCGUUCAGUCGUAAAAAAGACGUGACACCGUCUCAGGACACGAAACUCGCCAGAUGUUUAUCCACCCUGGACCUGACGGCCCUUGGAAUCGGCUCGACGCUGGGCGUCGGUAUCUACGUUCUGGCGGGAUCGGUUUCGAAACACACGGCUGGUCCCGCUGUGAUAGUCUCUUUCGCGAUCGCUGCGAUCGCAUCUAUGUUCGCAGGCUUAUGUUACGCUGAAUUCGGUGCAAGAGUACCACGUGCUGGAUCGGCUUACGUAUACAGCUACGUAACAAUGGGGGAGUUUACUGCCUUUCUCAUCGGUUGGACUCUAAUCCUAGAGUAUGUAAUUGGCUCGGCUAGCGUGGUGCGGGGACUAAGCAUUUACGUGGAUGCUUUAUUCAACAAUACUAUGAGAAACGCGUUUCAAUCCGCGGCGCAUAUAGACAUCAGCUAUUUCUCCUCUUAUCCAGACUUUUUCGCCUUUGGAGUAACUUUGAUCUUCUCUGCCGCAUUGGCGUUCGGAGCUAAGGAGUCUUCGUUGGCCAACAACUUUUUCACCGUAGUGAAUCUGUCGGUGGUACUUUUUGUAAUAAUCGCCGGAUCCUUUCAAGCUGACGUAACGAAUUGGAAAACGAAGCCCACGUGUACGGAAGAAAAGUGCGAUUACGGAAGCGGAGGAUUCGCGCCAUAUGGUAUCGCGGGUAUCAUAACGGGAGCAGCUACGUGCUUUUACGGAUUCAUCGGUUUCGAUUGCGUCGCCACUACCGGCGAGGAAGCAAAAGAUCCACAAAGAUCAAUCCCUAUUGCAAUCGUCGCCUCGCUCACCGUCGUUUUUCUCGCGUAUUUUGGCGUAUCGACGAUCUUGACCACCGUUUUACCCUACUACGAACAGAAUCCGGAUGCCCCCUUUCCAUAUCUCUUCGAUAGAAUCGGAUGGAGCUGGGCAAAAUGGGUAGUUACGAUAGGUGCCAUCUGCGGUUUAUGCGCCAGCUUAUUAGGCGCAAUGUUCCCUUUACCACGAGUAAUUUACGCGAUGGCUUCCGAUGGAUUGAUAUUCGGAUGGAUGGGAAAAGUUAGCUCUCGAUUCCACACACCGAUCAUGGGCACCUUCUCCGCGGGAAUUCUUACGGGUGUACUGGCUGCGAUAUUUGAAUUGACUCAACUGGUAAACAUGAUGAGUAUCGGGACCUUGCUCGCCUAUUCGAUCGUUGCGGCUUGCGUACUUAUAUUGCGAUACGAGGAAAGCGAAGCGUACGAGAAGAAGGAAAAUCUUGAUCCGAGAACCUUGACGUUCAUCGCGAAGCAGUUAAUUAAUGCUAACAAAUUGAAACACUCCACGAAAUUAACGUCUCAAAUCGUUACGAUAUUAGUCGGGUGUUAUGGUAAACUAUCUUCUGUUUCAUUAUCGAAUCAUUCUUUUUCUAUCGGACAUUGUAUAUCAAAUGAUAUUUACUUUACAGUCCUGUUAUGUAUCUGCAUCGGUUUUAUGGCUUCGAUGUACACCAACGAAAUCGUGAGCGGUAAAAGUACGAUCGUUGUACCGUUAGCACUUUUAAUAAUCCUUUUACUGGUUGUUCUUUGUUUCAUUUAUCUACAACCGACUUCUGGCCAAAAGCUUGCAUUUUCGGUUCCGCUGGUGCCAUUUUUACCUGCGCUCAGUAUUCUUAUUAAUAUUUAUCUUAUGAUGAUGUUGGAUAAAAUGACGUGGCUACGAUUUUCGAUAUGGAUGAUAAUCGGUCUUGGUAUAUACUUCUGUUACGGCAUUUGGCACAGUAAAAUGAGAAGGAUAAAAGUCACGAAAGUAAACGAUAACGGAUACGUUAAGGAAGAAGCAUGGUAAAAUGCCGAGUUUCCUAGACUUAUAUGACACGCCUUUCUUCUCUAUCCUUUUCCUUAACAAAUAAACAUUUUGUAUUAAAUGAAAUAUUUAAUUUUCAAUAAAAUAAUUUAAAAACAAAAUACAGAAAACUA